UCUGCUUCCGGAAAUAUGGAAUUUUGGUUCGCCACAUUUCCUUCCCUCUUUGACUCCUUCGGUGGAACAAAGCCGCCCAUCCUUCAGAAUUAGAUGCCCUUUUGGAUUGCAGGUUCUGCUUUUGCAGCUUUUCUGUGUGCGUUCGGGACGGCAAUUCCAGUUGCUUGUUCACUACAUGAUGUGAUAUUAGCCCACUUGUUGAAAAGAUUGAUGAUCCAAAUAUGGCCAACGACAAGGAUUUGUUGGAAGUUGUCCGAAUGUUGGAAGACGCUUGUAAGGAGGCCGGAUUCUUUUAUGUGCAGAAAGGCCAUGGUAUUUCUGAAUCGCUAAUGAGGGAAGUCAGGGAUGUAACGCGCAAAUUCUUUCAGCUUCCUUAUGAGGAAAAAUUAAAGAUCAAGAUGACACCUCAGAGUGGAUAUAGAGGGUAUCAAAGAGUAGGGGAGAAUGUUACCAAGGGUAAACCUGAUAUGCACGAAGCAAUUGAUUGCUACACUCCUAUUGAACCUGGCAAAUAUGGAGAUCUUGGUAAACCAAUGGCAGGAUCUAAUUUAUGGCCUGAAUACCCAUCAAAUUUUGAAGUAUUGCUGGAAGACUAUAUCAACCUAUGCAGAGAUCUUUCAAGAAAGAUCAUGCGAGGUAUAGCCUUGGCAUUGGGAGGGACAAUUGAUGCUUUUGAAGGGGAAACAGCUGGAGAUCCUUUCUGGGUUUUAAGAUUGAUUGGUUAUCCGGUGGAUAUUCCAGAAGAGCAGCGCACUGAUACUGGAUGUGGAGCUCAUACAGAUUAUGGGCUUCUGACACUGGUCAAUCAGGAUGAUGAUAUUUGUGCCCUUGAGGUCCAAAACCGUUCUGGUGAGUGGAUAUAUGCCAAGCCGAUUCCUGGAACCUUCGUUUGCAACAUCGGUGACAUGCUGAAGGUUUGGUCAAAUGGAAUAUAUCAACCCACACUCCAUAGAGUUGUCAACAACUCCCCUUGUUACCGUGUAUCUGUUGCGUUCUUCUAUGAGUCCAACUUUGAUGCUGCCAUAGAGCCUGUCGAGUUCUGCCGCGAGAAAACGGGUGGCGCCGCGAAGUACCAAAAGGUUGUGUAUGGGGAGCAUUUGGUUCAGAAAGUCCAGACGAACUUCGUCAUGUAAAUUUUGGGGGUUGCCGAAAUAAAUCUGUACCGAAACAUUACAUUCGGAUCGCAAUGUUUCAUCGAUAAAAUCUGUUGGAUCAUUUGCGAUGUUGCUGUGGAUCUGAUGUAUAAGCGCCUUGUCCAACGCUGUUUGUUUUGUAUGAUCUCAUACUACCUACAAAGUUACAGCAUGUCUGAGUCUGAGAGCAAUUCUGUUGCUCAGUCAA